CGGGUUUUUCUUCGCUUUAAUCCAGCACGUUCUGGAAUCCCGCAGCCUUGCUUGCUUGCAUUGUUUCCCUCCGCACCGACCUUUUCUCGUCGCAUUCUCGCACAUCCACCUCCACACAUUCACGAUGAAGACCUCCACGAUCCUCCUCUGUCUCGCUCCGACGAUAGCCCUCGCCGUCGAGGCCGAUCCUCAAAUACCUCCCGCCGUGUCUCCCACGCCGUCCCUCCCCAAUGCCAACCCGCCCGCCCCGUUGCCUGAGAUCCCGAUGCCGUCGAAUGCAGAGCAACAUGCGGAGUUACGGAAGAUUCGCACGCUGCUAGAGAUUCAAGAUACUACAGAUGCGACACGGGUGCAGGAUCAACUGCCCGAACCAGCGAGCGGGAGAAUCGGCCUGGCCGCAUCGACAGGGGAAACCAAAGCGUUGCGCGCACGCAGUGAAGGCACACUCGGACAAACACCAUGGAUUGGCAUGGCCAUUGGAUUGACCUGUACGGCAUUGGCAGCAGUGAUGCUGGGAUGAUACCUUCCAACGAUUAUCGUCGACUUUCGACUCGACGGUUUCUGCUGCACCAACUUGCAUUCGGAGUUAUAUUAUAAUUUCUUUUCACGACAGUCUUUGGCGACUAGACUUGAAUCGGUCGCUCUCUGCUACGAGCGUUGCUUGCAUUGCAUUGCAGCAGCCACCAUCACUUUUGGCUGUGCUG